AUGAAUCGCAUGACAUGAUUUAUGCUCAUAUAGCACUUGUAAAAUUGGAAAUUAAUUAUAUUCAUGUUAUGUUGCUGAAGAUAAGUCUUUUUAUGCAACUAAAGAGACAAAUUUUACACACUGAAAUGAGACCAUCAACAAAUACUUUGACUACCAAUGAACCAAGUAAGAAGGACAAAGAAAUUGAUAUUUCUGAGUUUACUUCUUUAGAAGUAGUUAAAUUUGAUUAUCAAUAUUCUUGUCAAACGCUACGAAUUGUACUGGAAAAUUUAAAUAUUGUUAUAACGCUGCAAAGUCAAAGUCCAUACCCGAUUAUCCUUUUUCCUUUAUGGCCUCUAUCGUGA